AUGAAAAGACAACAACAAAAUGUUACUGCAGCAUCGAUUGACUUCCGCUUGUCAGGAAUACAUACAAACAAACCAACAAUCCGUGGUCUUCCUCUCCCUCGUCCUUAUCCAAGCCCUCCAGCGUCAACUAAUGUGCCCAAAAACAAGGAACCACAUCAUGCCCAGGACUAG